UAACUAUAUGAAUAUUUAGCCAAUGAUAAUACGUAAAGCUUCAUGACAAUAUUUUCUGCAUUUUGUGAUAAGCGGGUAUAGUUUCAAUCAAGUUAAAUAAAAAAUGAGUCGGAAUAGCUGUUUAUUGUGUCGAUAUAGCAAACGGAUCAUCGACAUCAGUUACAGUCAUUAUUUAGAUGGCGAUGGAAAAACGAUGGAAAAACGAUAUCGCGUACGCGAUGACCCCGUUCAAAUUGAUUGCAUGGCCCAUCGGUGUUUGGCCGCUGCAAAAUUACAACUUCUAUUCUUUAUUACGAAGUGCUCUGGGCAUCGGCGGUGCGGGUUUAAUGGUGAUCUUGCCUUCCAUUGAACUAUGCAUGGGUUGUACUGACGCGGAACAAAAUGUUGACUGCAUCAUGUUAAUCUGUUGCGGAAUGCUUGGCGUGCUAAAAAUGAUAUGGUUCCGCAUUUAUGCAAACAGCUUAAUUGACAAUUACAGCUCCGCCAUGAAUGAUUAUUUGACGAUUGAAAACGUAGAUGAGCGCGCGAUUAUGCGAAAACACGCCUUUAUAGGAAGGAUCGUCUCCUGUCCCAUGCUAUGCUUGUCUUACUUUAGUUGUAUGAUAUACGGGCUGAUUCCUUUUCUCGGUUAUGAUGAAGGAAACCAGAUCAAUAUAACUAGAUCAAUGAACGAGGAUGCGAUAUUGAAAUAUGCGAUACCUUCAGGAUGUACUAUGGAAUACUUCCAUGCUCCAGCAAGCAUGUAUAAAGCUUUUUGUCUCAUCCAAGUUGUUGCGAUGAUACUGUCGACUAAUGCUCAUAUCGGUAACGACGCGUUAUUUCUAAAUAUCACAUUACAUAUUUGCGGUCAAGUAAAAAUUCUGAGAGACCAUUUCGUCGAUUUUAAUGUUACAAGUCCGCGAGUCCACGAUCGUUUCAACGCGCUAAUUCAAAGACACUGUUACUUGAUAAUGUUGACAAGGAAAUUGGCCGAUAUGAUCAGUUUCAUUUUAUUGAUAGAGCUAUUUAUUAUCAGCAUAUUAUUAUGUGUAAUGGGACUUCAAUUCAUGAUAGCGUUAAAAAAUAAUGACACUGUUAUGAUGACAAAGAGUUUAAUGGUUCUGUGCACCUUUCUGUCACAAUUAACAGUGUAUAGCUUAAUUGGAAAUUAUCUGAAGUCUCAAAUGGAAGACAUAAGAUUCUCCAUCUAUCAAAGCGCAUGGUGUGAUUUUCCUGCAAAACUAAUGAAGAAUUUGAUCUUCAUUUUUAUGCAGACAGAAUAUCCAGUUGCUUUGCAAGCUGGAAAUUUCAUAAUGAUAAACCUGUCAACAUACAUGAGUAUCUUAAAAUCCUCUUUUUCCUAUCUAUCUGUACUUCGUGUAAUGCUGGAAACAUGAAAUCUGUACAAGUGAAGAAGGAAUUCUACAAAUAUGUAAG